AUGACAGAUAUCUUUAUGUCCAUAGACUCAAUCCUGGGCAAUAGGGAUGCUUUAAUCCAAUCAAUUGAACAGAAUCUAGAGACACCGCCGCUGACAGCCACGCAUGAUGGCAACAGCUCCACCCAGGAACUUAAUAGGGGCCAACUAAUGAUGAAAGAGGAACAACUAAGUUCACAAUUGCAUGAUUUGAACAAUUUGAAAAUUCUUUCUGGUUUGUUAAUCGAAUUUAAGACUAAUUUUGAAUUACUAGAAUUGGAGAAUUGCUUUUAUUCCCUACAAUCAAUUAGAAAGAGAAUUAAUGGGAACAAUAACUCUUCCUUUUUGAAACAAAGCUUUCAUUUCCAGAGGUCUGUUGCUGUUUAUGUGGAUACAAUGCAUUCUACAUUGAUUGAUAAGAUAUUUGAGAUUAUAACGACUAAAUUUUGGCAAAUUAAUGACACUGGUUCCAUUGCAUUUCAUAAGAAAAUCACUUAUGGUCCUGAAGAUAUAGAUUUGGAAUAUGAAUCUUUUAUAGAUUUUGUGAAACAACAAUAUUUUCCCCAGAAUGUCCUGGAUUCCCAAUUAUGGAUCAUCUCAGACAUGGAUAUCAAUGACUUGCAAGAAAAUGUAAGAGGGAAGUUGCAAACUAUAUUGAAAUCGUAUAUUCAUUUAAAUGUGGUUAUUGAUCGGAUAAAGAAGAGUAUAUUUACAAAAGGCAAAAUGUUUGAUUAUGAGCUAGGAAAGUUAUUAUUUAAGGACGUUUCCAAUAUAACUGAUAACCAAAGCUUGCUUCAAGAGACAAUUGCCAGUUUUACAUCAUUAGUUAGGUUUUUUCAAGAUAUUUUAAUAGAGGAUGAUUGCAUAACAGUCUUGACUAGUCUGGGGAAUGUUAUUUCUAAUGAAUUAACAAAAUUAGUGAAACAAAAUGCAUCCGUCAUUCUAAAUGAUAAUUCUCCAUUGAAGGAUCGAAUUAUUGAAGUAAGCAAAUCAUUAGUAAAAUUAGCUGAUCGGACUAAAAAUCAGUGGCAUUUCAACGAUAGCGAAAUAUUGAAUAUACUGAAUAAUGAGCAAAUCUAUUUUAACCUCAUGUUGGAUAAGAAAUUUAAUGAGGCCUUAGAAUAUAUGAGGGAUACCAUAAAAAAUGAUGGUUCCAUCUCCGAGGUUGAAACUGUUUUUUUGAAAAGAGAUAGCAAACGAAAAUCAGAAAGUGAUUCAAACGCUAACGAGUCUGCCAAGAAAAUAGAGUCACAAAAUAGCUCUAAGAAGGAACCUGAUGAUGACAAUUGGAACUGGGAUGAUAAUGCUGAUGAUGGUGAGGGAGAUGAUGCAUGGGGUGAUGAAAUUGACCUUGAUCUCGACGACCUGGAACAAAAUGAAAAUCAAUCUCAAAAAGAAAAAGAUAAAACGAAUGAAGAUCAUGCUGAAGAUGAUUGGGAUAAUGCAUGGGGCCUUGAUGAUGACAUUACAGACACAGUGCCAACUACAAAUGCCUCCCAUCAGGGCACCAACAUUGAAAUCAACAAGCUACCUCAACUAUUUGAAACGGCAGUAGAGCGCUUGAAUAAAUCCGUUUCAAUAAUGGAUCAAGCUAAAAUAGACCAGCAAUAUUACAAUUAUAAAUUUAAUGUCUUUCAAAGUUCCUUUGUUGCAAUGUGCAGCUGUCAUUUCCAAGAAAAUUGGUGGAUAUUUUAUAAUAACCUAAGAUAUAUCGGACAAAAGAACCCGUCACUGCAAAGAAUUGAAGAGCUAAGUCAAAACUACUUAAGGAAAGAAAUUGCGUUGAACGAGAAGCGUGUCUUUAAGUUAAUUCAACAACAACUGAAUUCAUUAUUGGAAAAUGAAAAUAACGUUUCAUGGCACAUAGUCACUAGGCAGUUGAUACCUUUCAUUCAACAACAUAUAAUCGAUCCCUUAGUUAAAAUUGGUGGCAAGGAAGGCGAAGAUAAUCUAUUGCAAUUAUUAAACUUCAUUUAUUUCACUAGCACUGUUGAUGUUAUUUUAACCUGGAAAGUAAUAUCCGAAAAGAAUUCUGAAAAUUUAAGUGAGUUAUUCACUUUGUUGUUGAAUGAUUCAACUAUUCCACUUCUUUCUAAUUUGCCAAAGUAUAAAGAACUUCGAGAGAAAUUUUCUAUUAUUGGGAAGAUUUUACCCUUGCAUUUAAAAGAAAUAAUGGACUUAUUUUAUGACGGAGAUUUCUAUCUCUUCAGUACUGAAGAGAUUGCUCAAUGGCUGAAGUUAUUGUUUGCUGAUACACCAUUGAGACGAAACGCUAUCGAGGAUAUUUAUGAAAUCAGGAACACAAACAUAGCGGAUUGA